AUGAGAGUGGCCGGCCACUCAACUCGACCCUCAUGGGCGAGUCUCUUGACAAUCGGCCUAGCUGGAAUAGGAACCGUCAACGCUGUUGAUAUGGAUAUCGAAGAUGCAGACUCUAUCAAGAAAGCAGCGAAGGAAAUUGCGACAAACAUGAUGACCUACUAUACUGGAAUGAACCCUGGCGACAACCCAGGUAAUUUGCCAGAUCCAUACUACUGGUGGGAGGCGGGCGCGAUGUUCAAUGUCUUGAUCGAUUACUGGUUCUACACUGGGGACGACACCUGGAACGACAUCACCAUGCAGGGUAUGCUUUGGCAAGCCGGCGAUAAUGCGGCUUUCAUGCCCAACAAUCAAUCCAAAACGGAGGGAAACGACGAUCAAGCGUUUUGGGGAUUUGCAGCAAUGUCAGCUGCUGAGCGAAACUUCCCUAAUCCCCCAGAUGGUAAACCCCAAUGGCUGGAGAUGGCUCAGGCUGUCUUUAAUACCCAGGCCCCACGUUGGGACCCUUCGACAUGUGGGGGUGGACUGCGCUGGCAGAUCUUUACUUGGAACAACGGUUAUAACUACAAAAAUACCAUCUCGACUGGUGGUUUCUUCAACCUCGCUUCCCGACUUGCCAAAUACACCGGCAAUCAGACAUAUUCCGACUGGGCAGAGAAGGCGUGGGACUGGAUAUCUGACGUCGGUUUCAUGACAAAUGACUAUCAUUUCUGGGACGGAGCCAGUGAUUUGAGCGAUUGUCAAGACAUGAACGAGAUUGAGUGGACCUACAAUAGCGGGGUUUUCUUGCUCGGCGCAGCCAACAUGUACAAUGUGACCGAAGACCCCAAAUGGAAAGAGCGAGUGCAAAAGAUCCUCGACUCGGGCGAUUUAUUCUUCGCCAAGACGCCACCGAAUGUGAUGUAUGAGCGUGCUUGCGAAACGGUGAAUACGUGCAUGGUCGACCAGCGAUCCUUCAAGGGCUAUCUCGCUCGAUGGAUGGCUGCCACCACUCAAAUGGCCCCGUUUACCCACGAUCAGAUCAUGCCGAAGUUAAAGGCAUCUGCACAAGCAGCUGCCAAGACCUGCACGGGAGGCGAGCAGGGGACUACUUGCGGCCUAAAAUGGACCGAUCAAGCGUGGGAUCACACCAAGGAUUUCGGUCAGCAAAUGGCGGCCCUGGAAGUUGUUCAGGCCAACCUUAUCAAUCGCGUUGCUCCGCCAGUGACCAGCGAUAAUGGUGGUACUAGCAAGGGAAAUCCAAAUGCUGGCGGGAAGACACCGCAGUCGAAGCCAGAGGCUCUAACAUACAAGAUCACUACUGCAGACAGAGCCGGUGCGGGUAUUCUGACUGCAAUGAUGAUGGUUACACUUGCUGGAUCAUGCAGUUGGCUGAUUUGGGACUAG